UCUUCAGGAGGACAUGCUGACUGAUGAUGAUAUGAAAACACGCCUAAAAAAAAAUCAGCUCAAUUUACCGGUGCUCCAAUGCUGGUAUGAAAAUUUAUACAAUGUGAAAACUUCUGUCUCAGAAAACCAACAUACUAAAAAUAACAAAAAAGUCUUAGUGGUUAUUAUACCUGAUUUUGAAAGUUUCAAUGUCCAAGUUCUUCAAAAAUUCAUCCUGAUCGUCAGCUGCUACAUCAGAGUUUUACCUUUCGUCUUUGUUUUUGGUAUAGCAACGUCAAUAACUACAUUACACUCUUCACUACCUUACAAGGUGUCUUCAAAAAUAUGUGUGAAAGUGUUCAAAUCACAACGGUCGGUUGAUUAUUUGAACAACGUUCUGGAAAAUGUGUUUUUCACCUUUCAUUGUCCAUUUCAGCUAGGUGGAAAGGUUUUCAACUUAUUCACAGACAUAUUUCUUUUCUAUGAUCUGUCGGUGAAUAAUUUUAUUCAGAAUAUAAAGUUUGCAGUCGCUGAACAUUUCUCAUAUGGAAAUGCCAUGGCUUUAUGUUCAAUGGAUAAAAGAGUUACUACAGAAGUGAUUGAUUCCUUUUCUCAUGAUGAUUUGGAAAAUGUGAGACAUUUAUUAUCUUUUCGAAAACUUGUGGAAGGAGAAUCAUAUGAAAACAGAAUCAAGAUUUUAACUGAUGAUGACUACUUUAAGCAAAUAUUAAGGGAUGAAAUUAAAAAACUUCAAAAAUAUAUCAGGCGGUUUCAUAUGUUCUUAUACAUUUUGUGUGUACUGGUGAGAGACCUGCCCAAAGCUCCACUUGGUAUUCAGGUAAAAAGUAGCUUAAGUGGAUAUCACAUUUUUUAUUUGAGAUGGGAGGUAAAUAUUGUACAUUGCAUUCAUAAUUUCUUCGUCACAAAGAUAACUGAAAAUAUCCUGUGCGUCCAGAAUUAAGAAUUUCAGACUUAAUAACAG